AUGGCUGACGACGGUCAUAGCAUCCUUGCUCCCGUCUCUGCGGCUUCGCAGCCACUGGCACACAAAAAUCAUGUCGGUACCACUAGCCGCGCUAAAUCAUCAGGUGCCACGACGCCACCCCUCGGAAGCCUUGCCGUUGGCGUUGCUGACAAGGACGAUUCUGGCGAAACGAGCGAGGAACUGUCACAAGAUCGUCUGAAACAGAUUGCUGCCGCUGGAAAUGCGCAUUUCCAUCGCCUGGGCUGGAAGCGCCUGGCCAUCGUCACCAUCGUUGAGGCCGUCGCCUUGGGAGCGCUCAGUCUGCCCGCAGCCUUUCACACACUGGGCAUGUUCGCUGGCGUAUUUCUUACCAUCACCUUGGGAUUGAUUGCGAUUUUCACUAGCUAUCUCGUUGGGCAGGUCAAGCUCAAGUUCCCGGAGACUUCCAGUUACGCCGAUGCGGGCAAGCUCUUGCUCGGCAGAUUUGGAUAUGAGCUUUUUGGUGCUGCCCUGGUUCUUGAGUUGGUCAUGGUGGUUGGUUCGCAUGCCUUGACAGGAAGCAUCGCUCUCGGGACGCUCAGCGAUGGCCACGGUUGCUCCAUCGUCUUUUCCGCGGUAUCUGCCAUCAUUCUGCUUAUCCUGGCCAUCCCGCCAUCGUUUACGGAGGUCGCCGUCCUCGGUUAUGUUGAUUUUGGGUCCAUAGUUGCCGCUGUCGCUAUAACCCUCAUUGCCACAGGUAUUCAGGCGAACGAUUCCGCCGUGGGUCUCGGAGGCAUUGACUGGUCAGCCUGGCCCAGGGAAGGGGUGACGUUUUCCCAAGCAUUUGUUGCCGUCAGUAACAUUAUCUUUGCAUUUAGCUUCGCCAUUGGCCAAUUUUCUUUCAUGGACGAAAUGCACACUCCGACCGACUACAUGAAGUCGAUUUGGGCAUCGGGUUUUAUCCAAAUCAUCAUCUACGCUCUCACCGGCGCCCUGUGCUAUGCAUUUGUCGGCUCUUCUGUUAAGGCUCCGGCACUGCUGUCCGCUGGACCAACCAUUUCCAAGGCUGCCUUUGGAGUCGCAUUGCCAGUCAUCUUCAUCUCCGGCUCCAUCAAUUCGACGGUAGCCCUUCGCUACCUGCACGGUCGCAUGUUCAAGAACUCUGUUGCGCGCUACAUCAAUACACCCAUGGGGUGGACCACCUGGAUCGGGCUGGUCAUCGCAUUCACCUUGGUGGCAUGGGUCAUUGCCGAGGCAGUUCCCAUUUUUUCCGACCUGCUUUCACUCGCUUCAGCUCUUUUCGUGUCGGGCUUUUCGUUUUGGAUCCCUGCCAUUAUGUGGUUCAAGCUUCUUUGUAGGGGCAGCUGGUACUCCAAGGAGAAUCUGCUGACCAGCAUCGCAAGUAUUGUGGCCUUUAUCGUUGGCGCGGUCACGCUCGUUGCCGGCACUUAUUCUACGAUUGUAGACAUUAUCCAGGAGACUGCUCAAGGCAGCGCUCACAGCCCGUUUGCAUGUCGGUCGCCAUGA